CUCCCUGAUCUUUUCCCCCUCCCUCAACCUUCUUCCCCAUACAUCCUCCCAAGACAGAUACCCCAACGUCACUAUGUCAACAACAGCAGGCGCCUUCAUAGCCGGCGGCAUCGCAGCAUGCGGCGCGGUAACCGCCACGCACCCUUUCGAGACCGUCAAGAUCCGCAUGCAGCUCCAAGGCGAGCUCCAAUCCUCUACCUCCUCCCCUCACUUCUACCGGGGUCCGAUCCACGGUGUCUCCGUGAUUGUGCGCAACGAAGGACUGGGCGGCAUCUACCGCGGUAUCGGGUGCGCGUACAUCUACCAGAUCCUCCUGAACGGAUGCCGCCUGGGGUUCUACGAGCCGAUGCGACACGCGCUUGCGACCACGCUCUUUAACGACGCAAAGACCCAAAACCUGGGCAUCAACAUGUUUGCCGGCGCGGCGAGUGGCAUCAUGGGCGCCAUGGCGGGGUCACCGUUCUUCUUGGCCAAGACGAGGUUGCAGAGCUACAGCCCCUUUUUGCCGGUCGGCACGCAGCAUCAGUACAAGAACGCCUGGGACGGGUUGACGAAAAUCUACAAGGGGGAGGGUGUGAAGGGGUUGUACAGAGGUGUGGGGGCGGCCAUGAUCAGGACAGGCUUUGGAUCUUCGGUGCAGCUCCCCACGUACUUCUUUGCGAAGAGGCGGUUGGUAAAACACUUGGGCAUGGAGGAGGGGCCGGCGCUGCAUUUGGCGAGUAGCACGGCGAGUGGAUUUGUGGUUUGCGUAGUGAUGCAUCCUCCUGACACAAUCAUGUCCCGCCUCUACAACCAAAACGGUAACCUGUACAAGGGCGUCUUCGACUGCCUGGCCAAGACCAUCCGCGCCGAGGGUUUCUUCGCCAUCUACAAGGGCGUCAUCCCCCAUCUUACUCGCAUUCUCCCGCACACCAUCCUGACCCUCAGCUUGGCCGAGCAGACCACGAAGCUGGUCAAGAAGCUGGAGGACAAGAUUCUUGGGCCCGAGACCCGGGUCCUAUAGACGAGCGCACGAGUUCUAUAGUCUCUUGAGACUGUUCAACCAUUCGGCAUAGGCCAUCAUGGAGGUGGUUCCUACUAGGUCACCAGGUCCCAGCUCGAUAUAUGAUUGGAGAGGGGAGGGAAAUUGGGCACCAAUGAAAGGAAAGAUAUAACCAAAAGAAAAGGAAACGGACGGGUUUGAGAGAAGGCGGUACGGUGGGGAGGAAACGGUGAUUUUCUACAAUCGAACAUUUUAUAGACUUCAUCGGCGGGCGGAUAUCCUCAUUUUGUUUUAGACAUCAGGCGUUAGUCUCUUUUCUUCUUCUUCUUCUUCUUCUUCUUCUUCUUCUUCUUCUUCUUCUUCUUCUUGGCUU